AUGGCACUGACAAAAUCAGGCUUGAGCCCAGACAGAGACUGGGACGAGUGGGUUGAACUCGACCACCCCUCCAUUUCCGACGACUACGUCCACGUGAGCAAGUCGGAUCUUGAAAGUUGGUCUCUUCCUCCCGUUGAGGAUGGGGAAGAGGGCGAGGACAACGCUGACGUAGUAAUGCAGCUAACAGAGUCCCAGUCAGACGACCUGGACCGUCUGGUUGCGCCUAAGGUCAAGCAAUUGGAGAAGGAGCUGCGAGAGCAGAAGGACUGCAAUUACUCGGCCGCAAUGGAGAAGCUAUUCGGUAGCGACGCCAAGGAAUAUCAGCUCAUGUUCAAUGCUGCGAUUCCUGAGUUGCGGUUCCAGCCAAGGCAUACUCGAGACACGUAUUCCCCGCGGCCGGGAGUCUUAUAUACGCCGUUGACUAGUGCUGAUAAGUGUAAAGACGCGGCCGACUUGCUCUUGAGGGGAAUGCGGACUCGGGGUGCCCAUGGGUACAACACCGAGGCACCCUCCUGGGAUCAUCCCCCAAGGCCCGAGUCUAGAUCUGAUAAGAAAGAGCUCCCGGGGUCGGAUGACGUGCUGUCGUUCACUCAUAGUCCGGAUGACGUUGAUUAA